AUGGUGAAGAUGCCCACGGCGGGGGAGUUAUUGGUCACUGAGACACCGGACAAGCGCCGUGAGGUUCGGGAGAGAGCGCAGGGUUCACCAGGGGAUGGAGAUGAGAGAGUGAGUGAAUGCUCCUCAAACCGGCGACUUGAACCAGUGGGAAAGGAUGAUGAUGGAGGGGAGGGCCGGAGUUGGUUUUGGCGUGCUUUUGGAGGAACGCCGUGA